AUCGAACAAAGUCAAUGAUUUUUCACAACACAAAUAUUAAAUAUAAAGUUGAAGCAAACGAACAGCAUUAAUUUGCGUUUUAUCUUUUAUCAAUAACUUGGAUUAUUACUCAUCAUAGAAAAAAAGUAACAAUGAGUGAAGAUUUCGAUUUAUUGUUUAAAGUUGUUCUAAUAGGCGAUUGUGCAGUAGGAAAAAGCUGCAUUGUCACGCGAUUUAAAACCGGAAAUGUCUUCACAGAACGACACACAAAUACGAUUGGUGUCGAUUUCUCGAUGAAAACUAUUACAAUCGAUAAUAAAAGGAUUAAACUUCAAAUCUGGGACACUGCAGGUCACGAAAGAUUUCGAAGCAUCACAUCUAGCUACUAUAGAAGUGCCCAUGGUGUUAUCAUCGUUUACGACAUAACAAAGCGAAAUACUUUCUUAUCACUUCAAAAAUGGAUUAAUGAAGUCAGGAAUUACACAGCGAAUAGCGUUGUUUGUGCUCUCGUUGGAAACAAAUGUGAUUUAGUUGAUGAACGUGAAGUAUCAGCGGAAGAAGCGCAGGAAGUUUGCGAUCUCAUCCCAGAAAUUCUUUUUCAGAUUGAAACCUCAGCCAAAGAAAACACAAAUAUUGAAAAUGCGUUUGCGAAAAUUGCUGAAGAGUUGAUGAAUCGCCAAACGAUCAUCGGUGACGAUAGUAAUAAUGGAAUAAAACUUGGACAAAGCAAAUCAAUAAGGGAAGGAAAUUGCAACUGUUAA